AGCACCGAUUCACCCAAAGCAUACAAUAAGCGAACCGUAAUAUGUUCUCUUUGCCAUCUCUCAGGAAAUCCUCACCAUUAAUCAAACAAGUAGUUGCUAAUCAACGGUCGAAUAGUGUUCGUCCGGUGUUUAACCAAUCAAAGGACUCUUCUUCUUCAUUUUUGAGCUUGUUGAAGAAACCUUCCUCUGCUGGUGGGUCCACUGCCGCCGGUGACAGAAACAGUGGGGGAGACCAACUGUUGAGAUCAGUCUCUACUGGGGUUUUGAUUGUUGGCUCUACUUUAGGCCUUUGCUACUUUUCUCGGUCUUCUUUUGAUAGCAAUUCUUGGGUUUCUUUUGCGGAUGUCCCUACUGGGGCAACAUGGGCCCCUGAUAGCGUUGCUGAUCAGUUCGAACAUGGGAUUCCCGACAAGAAACCCAAGUAUCUCUUUGGAGAAUCAUACAGGAGAAGAGUCUUCUUCAAUUAUGAGAAACGCAUACGGUUGCAAAGUCCCCCUGAAAAGGUGUUCGAUUACUUUGCAUCGUAUAGAACUCCGGAAGGAGAUGUUCUUAUGACACCAGGGGAUUUGAUGCGGGCACUGGUCCCUGUAUUUCCUCCAUCGGGAUCAAAUCGUGUUCGAGAGGGUUGUCUGAGAGGGGAAUGGGUAAAGCCUGGGGAGUUACAUUGUCCCCCUUCCAAAUUUUUCAUGCUUUUUGAUACCAACAAUGAUGGACUCAUCUCUUUUCCAGAGUACAUCUUCUUUGUUACACUUCUUAGCAUCCCUGAAUCAAGUUUCUCAAUUGCUUUUAAAAUGUUCGACCUUGACCAUAACGGAGAAAUAGAUAGGGAAGAAUUCAAGAAAGUGAUGACAUUGAUGCGAUCGCAAAAUAAGCAAGCGGCUCGCCACAGGGAUGGACUGAGACUUGGCCUUAAAGUUGCAGAACCUGUAGAAAAUGGGGGCUUGGUAGAGUAUUUCUUCGGACAAGAUGGCAAGACUUGUCUAAAGCACGACACAUUUGUCCAGUUUUUAAGAGAUUUACAUGAGGAAAUUUUGAAGUUGGAGUUUUCCCAUUACGACUACAAGGUACAUGGAACAAUAUCAGCUAAAGAUUUCGCAUUGUCGUUGGUGGCCUCUGCUGAUAUUAGCGACAUAAGUAAGCUGCUGGAUCGUGUUGAUGAAAUCGACAAGAAAUCACAUCUUAAAGAUGUGCGGAUUACUUUUGAAGAAUUCAAAAGUUUUGCUGAGCUACGAAAAAAGCUUCAGCCGUUUUCGCUAGCGAUUUUCAGUUAUGGAAAAGUAAAUGGAGUGUUAACCAAGAAGGAUUUCCAAAGAGCUGCAUCCAAAGUAUGUGAAGUGUCGUUAACUGAUAACGUGGUAGACAUAAUAUUCCAUGUGUUCGAUACAAAUCGAGAUGGGAGUUUAAGCUCAGAUGAGUUUGUGAAAGUAGUACAGAGACGUGAAGGGGACGACUCUCAGCCUAAAGCAGAGUCGAAGGGAUUGAUAUCUUGCCUGCUAAGUUGUGCAGCAAAAUGAUCCAAUUCAAAGCUGUUUCCUUUGAUUUGUGAGAUGAUCAUCAUCUUACAAUGUAUUGGAAGAUAUAUAUACUUUACUGAGUCAAACAAGGCAGAUCAGUUGCUUCUUGAAAAUCAAAACCUAUUGUUGUUAUGGAUAUCAGCCAAGGUGAAUGAAUGGUCAUCCGUGGCCUCUCCUAUAUAUAUAUAUUAUGGAUAAUAAUAAAAAUCUCAUUUCAUCGUAUGCUUUCCUUGAAGUAAAUGAAUCUCCUCUAUAUAUAAUACAUGAUAACAAUAGGUGUAUAUAUUAUAUUUUACUACGAGUUUUAUAUAUGUAAAAAUCAUGGAUUGUCUUGUAAAUUAGUUACUUCGAUGAGUAAAUAUAACUUUGCCCA